AUCGUGAUACAUUGACGCAGUUAUCAGAAAAUCCCUCGGUAUUUUUUACAAUUUGCAUAAAAAAUAGAGGUAUGGAACUCAAAAUAUGACAUUUUUAUGUAGAGUGCAUUCUUGGCGAAUUUUUCGAUCAUUCUUGGAACCAUAAGCAGCACUAAUUGAAGCUGAAUAUCGUAUAAAUAAUACAUCUCCCUUCGUUUAUUCGCCAGUUCAUAUCCAAAGAUGAACCGAAAAUUACUUUCGGUUUUUUUCAGUGCGCUUGUGUGCAGCACAUUGGGCCAUGAACAUCUGAGGGCACACGAACUUCAAAGAAAUAAUCAUGCACAAGCACGAUCUAUUGGCUCCCAUCACGUAAGAAACCAUCAACAACAAUGCAGCUACAUUUGUCCUGUACCAAGCCCAUCACCAGAAAUCAACCCAUCUGACUCGUCAAUCAGUCUGGUGUUCAUCGAAGAAACGAAAGUAUUCGCUGUGGUCAAUACCACAGAAGAAGUAGCUAUCGUAUUCCAGAUAGGCGAACCAAUAGGCCUUAUAGUGAAUGGAAAAACCGGAGUUUCGAUUGUCGUAAAUAUCGACAAAAAAACUGUUGUUUACUACCCCUCUGGAUGCAAUGACAAUCUAUGGAAAGAGUCCAAAUCGAGUUUGGUGGAUUAUCUCAAGAAUCUUGGUCCACUCACCAACGUCAACAACUGGAAGAACGGUCAAAGCUUCAAACUAAACACAGUAACGAAAGAAGUAAAAACUCUAUUAGUAUCAAUCGUCCAAUUUUUGGACGUUGCAUUAGCUAUACGAGUUAAAACCAAUCCUGAUGCUGUCAUCAACUAUCUUGGUGCUAUAAUUCACACAUUGCUGGAAUCUAGUGAUGUUCUUGAACUUCUUCUGGUCAGACUUAAAUCUACUGUGAACGUUAUCCUCGGAGGCUUAAGCAAAGUUGUCAACAUAGCAAUUGGAUUGAAAACCAUAGGAUUGAAACUACAAGGGGGAAUUAAAUCUCUGUUGGACCUUGAUAUUAACGUGUCGCUUUUACUAGGUCAAAAUUCUGGAUUAAACAGCUUACUCGACUUGUUGAUCCAAGUUGGUGUUCGUCUAGAUUUAACGAAAGUUCUUGGAAAUUUACUGCAGUCUCCAGAAUCGAUAUUAGGUCUUGCUGUUACCUUGGAUGGUGGCAUAUACGUAGGCAUAUCUGGCAUCACCGCAGUAAUAUACAACAUACAACUAUACGCGGCUAAAAAGAUAUCCCUAGAAGCUUUGAUCGAUGUGCUCAUCCAAGUUGAAUCAGACCAUCAUGUUAAAAUUACUAGGGAAGUAUUGAACAAUGUUUUGACUAGAUACUUCGUUUUGGCCAAGUCUCAAGCAGCCCAAUACAACACUGGCAGCUCCUGGUCAACCCUCAACAAGUUCUUCCAAGACAUAAAGGAUGAUAAGCUUGUCAUCAAUGGUAUAAACGUAUCGACUGUAAUAAAUAUUUUGAUUUCUACAUCUGGAAGUUCUUCUUUGGGUAACAUAGUCAAAAUAUUAACUCAACUCAAAUCUAUCGUCUCUUUAUCGAAAAUCGUAGCAACGUUGUACUUCAGAUUGAUCUAUUUCGUUAUUUCUGGAGAAGGUCUUGUAUUCAUCCACCAAUUGCUACCAGAUAUCAAAAUAGCAAUCAACUUGUCUUCUACUACCAGCAUCCUCACUCAGAUAUUAUCGAACGUCAACGUUCUUCAAAUUGUUUCUUACCUCUUGAGAUUAGACAUCAUAGGUGCCAUCACACAUCUCCCAGUUCUUGGUCCUAUCUUGCAAGCACUCGACUCAAUUCUCACAGCUGUAGGCUUAGCUCUUGAAGUCACUGUUACUUCGGCUUUGAAAGCAGUUGGCUCUAUUCUUGAUGAUUUGAAGGAUAUUAUACUAUUUGGUUUAGGACGUGGUGGAAAGGCGCCAGCUGAUACAGGAAUCGCUGGUCUAUCUCUCCUGGGUGGAGGAAUAUCCGUCAGCAUUACAACGUCUUGGUCUUCUACUGAUAAGUCCUCAAGCUCUGGUUCUUCUUCAUCUAAGGGAACUUCUGUAUCGCCCUCUAGCUCUGGUUCUUCUUCACCCAAGGGAACUUCUGUAUUACCCUCCAGCUCUGGUUCUUCUUCAUCGAAGGGAACUUCCGUAUCACCCUCUAGUUCCAAGGGAAGCAGUUCAACAGCAGGAAUAACCAUAGGAGGAGGUUCAUCGAGCUCCAGUGGAGGUAGUGUAGGAGGUUCAGGUUCCCACUCAGGAGGACAAAGCAUAGGAGGAGGUGCAGCCAGUGCUGGUGGUAGCAGUGCAGGAGGUUCAGGAUCGAAUUCAGGAGGACAAAGUAUAGGAGGAGGUGCAGCCAGUGCUGGUGGUAGCAGUGCAGGAGGUUCAGGGUCUCACUCAGGAGGUAUCAGUGCAGGAGGAUCUGCUGGUAGUUCGGGAGGAAGUAGUGCAGGAGGUUCAGGGUCCCACUCAGGAGGUAUCAGUGUAGGAGGAUCUGCUGCUAGUGCGGGAGGAAAUAGUGUAGGUGGAUCAGCUUCUCACUCAGGAGGUAUCAGCGCAGGUGGCCAUUCGCAUUCUUCAGGAGGACAAAAAGGAGAUGGUUGGUCCUUAGGAAAUAUAUUCGGUGGAGAUAAAGCAACUCAUGGAUGGAGUUUGUUUUAGAAAUAGACAACAAGCAGGUUCAGAAAACAAGAUUUUAGGAUUAACAACUUAGUUUUAACUUUGACUGUCCCAUAAACCAAUGUUAGUUUUAAGGUGUUACCAUGUUGUAGUUUUAAAUAAAAGUCAAAUUGAA